GUUCCAGUUUAUUAAACAAAACUUUUGAACGCGCUUAACACAAAGUCCAAUACUGUCACUACUGUCAAUAUUAGAAAAGUGAACAUUCUGCUCGACUUGUCAUAUAUUGUCAGAGUGUGUGCGGUAUAGUGAAGAGCUUCAGAGUUUCUAUUUAUUUAUCAUCGUUUCCAGCAAUGUUUUGAUACUUUUCAGCGGCAGCAAGAAUAAGUAAAUAUUUUCUGUAAGGAAAACGAUUGAUAGAGCACUGCCAAAAUGUCGAUAGAAAUCGAGUCCGCUGACGUUAUCCGUCUGAUUCAACAAUAUUUGAAGGAGUCUAAUUUGCAUAAAACAUUGCAAACUAUUCAGGAGGAAACUGGAGUCUCAUUGAACACGGUCGAUAGUAUCGAUGGAUUUGUGUCGGAUAUUCAUAAUGGUCAUUGGGAUACAGUGUUGAAGGCAAUUCAGUCAUUAAAACUGCCGGAUAAGAAAUUGAUUAAUUUGUACGAACAGAUUGUCCUGGAGCUGAUCGAGCUACGAGAACUUGGAGCUGCCAGAUCGCUACUACGACAAACGGAUCCUAUGAUUAUGCUAAAGCAACAAGAAGCAGAGCGAUACAUUCACUUAGAAAACAUGCUUCAGAGAGCUUAUUUUGAUCCUCGUGAAGCCUAUCCGGAGGGUAGUAGCAAAGAGAAGCGACGAAAUGUCAUAGCACAAGAAUUAAGUGGAGAGGUGUCUGUCGUACCAUCUUCGAGAUUGUUGGCGUUGCUCGGCCAAGCACUGAAAUGGCAACAACAUCAAGGACUUUUACCUCCCGGAACAACAAUCGAUUUGUUCCGAGGUAAGGCUGCAAUCCGUGACCAAGAGGAGGAAAUGUAUCCAACGCAACUUGCUCGACAAAUUAAAUUCGGUCAAAAAUCACACACGGAAACGGCAAGCUUCUCGCCAGAUGGUCAAUAUUUGGUCACUGGUAGCGUUGACGGUUUUAUUGAAGUUUGGAACUUUACCACCGGGAAAAUUCGAAAAGAUUUGAAGUACCAAGCGCAGGACAAUUUCAUGAUGAUGGAGCAGGCAGUACUGGCCAUGUCAUUUUCUCGUGAUUCCGAAAUGCUAACGACAGGCUCUCAGGACGGACAAAUCAAAGUUUGGCGUAUUAUGACCGGACAGUGUUUACGACGGUUCGAAAAAGCUCACAGCAAGGGAAUCACUUGCUUGCAGUUCUCACGUGACAACAGUCAGGUUUUAUCCGCUUCGUUCGAUCAUUUGAUUCGACUACACGGACUGAAAUCUGGUAAAAUGCUAAAGGAGUUUAAAGGACACACAUCCUACGUUAACGAGUGUGCUUUCACCGCUGAUGGUCAUAACAUUUUAAGUGGUUCGUCGGAUGGAACAGUUAAGAUUUGGUCAUUGAAAACAACCGAAUGCACAGCAACUUUCAAAACAUUAGGAAACGAUCUGGCGGUCAGUGCAGUAUUAUUGCUCCCGAAAAAUCCAGAACAUUUUAUCGUAUGCAAUCGUUCAAACACUGUUGUCAUCAUGAACAUGCAAGGCCAGAUUGUCAAAUCAUUUUCAUCCGGUAAGCGUGAAGGCGGUGCAUUUAUUUGUGCCACAUUAUCGCCUCGAGGCGAGUUCAUCUACUGUGCUGGUGAGGAUAUGGUGCUGUACUGCUUUUCGAUAUCGUCGGGUAAAUUGGAACGGACAUUGAACGUUCAUGAGAAAGACGUCAUUGGAUUGACUCAUCAUCCGCAUCAGAAUUUGUUGGCUAGUUACAGCGAAGACGGGUUACUGAAGAUGUGGAAGCCAUAGAUAUUCAACGAUUGGCGUACCGACGGUAUUCCACAAUUUACUUUGCUUGUAUGUGUUGUAACAUCGAUUACAACGGACGUAACAAUAAAUGGUUUUGAAUUCAAUUGAA